AUGAGUGAAAAAGACAGAGGCUAAACAGUAGCUAAAAUGGUAUUUCCUCCCUGUAAGAUGAAACAAAAUUAUAGAAAAAUCAAGAUGCCAAACCUAACUGAAAAGUAAUACAUACCAUAUAUAGCAAGCAGGCCUAGAAGGCUAUAUGCAAGAAAGUAAAAGUAGCAAUGUAAUGUAAACAAGUAAAAUUGAAAUAAACAUUUAAGGAGAAAUAUGGAAAAUGUAUGUCACCAAGAUGUUUUUAACAUAUUUUUUGUCCUGCAGUUUUCUUUAAAAAAAAUUGCUGAACGACAAUAUAUGCAGAUGGAUCUGUUUCUAAUCAAAGAAAAAUGGAAAUUCUGGAAAACUUCAAUAAAAAUUAAGUAUAUUGACUUAAAUCAGAUUUAAACCUGAUUUAAACCUGCAGCAUUGUAUUGGUAACAGCUUUCAGUUUUGUGAAAAACCUUCCUGUGGAUUGAUAAUCUAGCUUUCUCAUCUUCAGAUUAAUAAAGUACAAAAUGUUAUGGAAAUCAAUUAUAUUUAUUGUUCAAAUUAACUAAGUAUUGGUAACUUAAGACCCAGAACUUCUCUGUGGCAUUCAUUUUCCUUCCAUUUGUUUUAUACUUGUGUGUUGGCUUUGCUAGCUGCCUCACAAGCAUUCUGAUUGGGGAUUAUAACUCUCUGAAGUAGAAGGGAGAGAUACCUAAUUUCCAGUAAACUAUCAAAUUCAACCCAUGGAUUUAACCCCCCAGUCCAUACUUGCUCCCACCCUUUUGACUGCAAACUUCUAAAAGCCUGCUUGUUCUUCAGGCCUUGGAUUAGGAAAUUUGUCUUUUUUUCUUGAUAUAUUUUGCCUUUAAAAAAAUCUGUAAAGUAUACAAAGUUGCCAUGGAGAAGGAUGUCCUUAAAAAUGAAAUAAUAAAUCAAAUAUCUGUUUCUCUUAAAAACAUAUGUGUUGGGAGAAUAUGUUAUUCUGAAUUUCUUAGGUAUCUACUAUACAAUAUACAGUAUUCAAUAUCUGUUAUUCAGAUUUUAACCCCUAAUUUUAGAUUCACCAGUUUCUUAAAAUAUUCUCCAAGUUCAGUAUUUCAGGAUAGAUUAUUUACAAAUUUACAGAAUUUACAAAUAUAGGCUGUUCUCAUACACCACACUGACUGGGACCACGUUUUAGCAGUCAGUGGGUUAUCAAUUUAUCACCUAGGAUUGUGCAAAGUCAGAAAAAUGUCAAUAGAUUUGGUUCAAUAUUGGAGUGCUUUAACCUCAGAAAACACGUUUUCAUUGGGAUGUAUACCUUCUUUACUAUAACAUAUUGCAUUACACAAUUGCUGCUUUUGACUUCUUUCACAGAUCCCUAAAGAACCUUGGAUCUGCCCCCUUUCCCAACAGAUUGGCAAAUAAUGAAGAAAAGCAUGUUGGCACAAGCCGGCCAAUCAGAAAGUUCUAUCUGAUGUCACGUCCUCUUGUCACGUGGCCAUCCAUCAACCUGAGAGCGAGCUGCUUGACAUUCCUUGAGCUGCGCCGUUUCACAAGAAUCCGUAAAGCCACGCCCACAAGUUCUUCAAUGGCUGGCUUUUUUUUUUAAGCCCUAGACUAGGUUUUCCCCAUUGGUCGAGAGAAACGUACCUCAGCAUAAAUGGCGGGGCUGUCGCCCUUUUCUCCAUUGCCAGGAAGAUUACCUCGCAAAAUCUGAAAAUUGAGUAUAUGUUUGGUAUUGUUGGUAUUCCUGUAAUGGAAAUAGCAAUUGCUGCACAAGCAAGUGGAAUCAAAUAUAUAGGAAUGCGCAAUGAACAAGCUGCUUCUUAUGCAGCUUCUGCUGUGGGGUAUUUGACAGCCCGGCCUGGAGUAUGCCUUGUAGUUUCUGGUCCUGGUCUUGUAAAUGCUCUGGCUGGAAUGGCAAAUGCAAACAUGAAUUGCUGGCCAUUGAUUGUCAUUGGAGGCUCCUCUGACAGAAAUCAAGAGACAAUGGGAGCUUUUCAAGAAUUUCCACAGGUUGAAGCAUGUAGGCUUUAUAGCAAAUUUUCUGUCAGACCAAGCAGUCUAGAAGCUAUUCCUGCAGUUAUUGAGAAGGCUGUCAGAAUCAGUAUUUAUGGACGCCCAGGUGCCUGCUAUAUUGACAUACCUGGAGACUUUGUAAAUCUGACCAUAAAGAAAAGCUCUGUCAAGUAUAUUGACUGCUGUCCAGCACCUCCUAUCAGUAUGGCUGAAGAGAUGACCAUUUCUAAAGCAGUUUCAUUAAUUUUACAUUCCAAGAAACCACUUUUAAUUAUUGGCAAAGGUGCUGCUUAUUCACGUGCUGAAAAUAGCAUCAGGAAAUUGGUGGACCAGUGUGGGCUUCCAUUUUUGCCUACGCCAAUGGGGAAGGGAGUUGUUCCUGACAAUCAUCAGUAUUGUGUAGCUGCAGCCAGAUCUAGGGCACUACAAUAUGCUGAUGUGAUACUAUUACUUGGUGCCAGAUUGAAUUGGAUUCUGCAUUUUGGACUUCCACCAAGGUUUCAGCCAGAUGUAAAAGUUAUUCAGGUAGAUAUUUGUGCUGAAGAGUUGGGAAACAAUGUGAAACCUGCUGCAGCCUUGUUGGGAGACAUAAAAGCAGUGACUGAGCAGCUUUUAGAUGAAAUUAAAAAGAAGCUAUGGAAAUAUCCUUCAGAUACAGAUUGGUGGAAAGAUCUUCGAGCCAAAGUGCAGAGCAAUGAGGCAACAUCUAAGGCACUAUCAGCAGAAAAACAGUUUCCAAUGAAUUACUAUACAGUAUUUCACCAUGUGAGGGAACUUUUGCCAAAGGACUGUAUUCUGAUCAGUGAGGGAGCAAAUACAAUGGAUAUUGGGCGCACCAUGCUCCCAAAUUAUCUUCCUCGGCACAGGCUGGAUGCUGGUACCUUUGGGACAAUGGGAGUUGGACUUGGUUUUGCAAUUGCAGCUGCUACAGUUGCUAAAACCUGUAAUCCUGAGCAGCGGGUGAUCUGUAUAGAAGGCGAUAGCGCUUUUGGUUUUUCUGGUAUGGAAGUGGAGACUAUUUGCAGGCAUAACUUACCAAUCAUUAUAAUCAUAAUCAACAAUAAUGGAAUAUACACUGGUUUGGACUCAAAGACUUGGAAGGAUAUGCUGAAGCUUGGAGAACCUUCUAUGUGUGCACCUCCAGUGGCUUUGUUGCCAGAUGCUCGCUAUGAGCAGAUUAUGUCUGCCUUUGGUGGCAAAGGGUACUUUAUACAAACACCAGAAGAAUUACAAGCUGCCCUGAAAAUAAGCUUAGCAGAAAAGCUUGUGCCUUCUCUUCUUAAUGUUAUGAUCAACCCACUGUCAGACAGAAAGAAACAAGAUUUUCAUUGGCUGACCCGUUCUAACAUGUAAGAGAAGAUGAAAAGACUGGAAGCAAAAUGCCUAUGUAAACUUAGCAGAUUCCAAAGGAUAAUUACAGUUACAAAUUGAACAAUCAUGUUGAUUACCAUGUGUAAGGAAAGAUUGCUAAUUACAUACAGAUCUACAUUUUGCCAUUUUGGGAGACAAAAGACAUCUAGCUGGUAGCUUCUUUACUUUUUCCACUACUUGCAUCAAUUUAUGAAUGCAUAUACUUUAAUGCCUACCCCAGAUCUUAAAACCAAGAAGUACAUAACAUAUUGAUUUACCUUUGCUUUUUGUAUAUUUUUACAGCAUGGGAAUGCAACAGAGCCUUCUUUGUGUCUUUCAUUAGAGCAACCUUCCCAAACUAUAUACCAUCUAGAUCAGGGGUCCCCAACUUAUGAGCCGCAGCCCAGUACCGGGCUGUGGCCUAUUGGCCAUUGGGCCGUAGGAAUGGCUGACAAAUGCAUGCAUCGCACCCUACUUGCACUAGUGCUGCAGCAUGGGCACUAGCUAGCGGCCCAUUUGCACAUGCACAUAGGUGUCCUUGCUGCCGUGUGUGUGCAUGGCUUGCUUAUGCAUGCGCACGUGCUAGCACUGCUGCUGUGUACAUGCCCGUUUGGGUAUGCAUGCGCAAGUGCAUGCACACAUUUCCCUACUCCUCCCUUUCUCUCUGGGGCCCCAAUCUGGAAAGGUUGGGGAGCUCUGAUCUAGAUGUAUGAUUUAACUCCUGUUGAAAUCAAUAGUUGCUUAAAUCAGCAUACUGAUUCUAAUUGUUGCACUUUUAGAACCCUGAAUAAAUAUUUGUUUACAGUUAAAUCACCUUGUUCUUGCUGUCACUUGUAUUCUUGCAUUUUUAUCUAUAUUUAUGUUUUAAUUUAUUUUGCAGUAUGCUAUAAUAACUAUUGCGUAUCACUGACUUUGUAAGGUGGGCAUACAUUUAAAAACAAAAAAAAUAAGUCUUAUUGUUAUGAAUCUUCUUACAGAUACCAUACAGAAGGUAGCAAAAACCUGAAACCAAAUAAAUUAUUAUAUGAAAGUAUUUGAUUAAUUUAUACUUUAGUAUUAAAUAUUUUGUGUGUUUUAAUCUGGAAAGAUGUUGGAUAUGUUUUAAUUCCAAACCUGCAAUUUAUGAUAUACCCAUUUUGUACAAAUCUUUUUGAAAUAAAUCUUUUUUCAAAGCCAAGGUAA